AUGGCUAAACUCUUAAUAGAUGAUUUUUUCCAAGAUAUUAAUUCCGAUAAUAAUGACAAAAGUAAAACACGUCCAAAAAAACAGGCGUCUUUUGAUGACAUGGAUGAUGAUGAUUUUUUUGGUUCUACAAUAGGUACAAAAAAAUCAACAACAAAUACAACUUCAAAACGACAAAAUGAUAUUGGUGAUGAUGUUGAUCUAGAUGAUCGAUGGAAUCGAACAAGUGGUUCAAAUGCUUCAUAUAUACCAAGUUUUGGUGCUGGUAGUACCUUGGAUACUACAAAUUUUACUCAAGGCCAAGAUACCCUACAACGUAUUAUAAGUCAACCUCGACCAGCAACAUCAAGUGGUUCUCGAGUAUUUGAUGAUUUGUUCGGAAAUUCAUCAUCAAAACCUACUACUAUUGAAGAUAUAGAGAAAAGUAGAAAAGCAGUUAGAUUUGAAGAUUCCGAUCCUAUACGUCCAUCGACAGCUCCAUCAUCAUCAGAUAAAUUACAAAAUCGUCCUAAUACAAACGUAUUAUCAUUCUUACGUACAGGUCUUGAACCAAAUAAAUCAGAUAAUUGGCUUGGUCUUAAAGGUGAAACAAGUGAUGAAGAUGAAUUUCUAACACAAAAAGUUGAACCUGCUAUUAGUACUCUUGCUAAAAAAGCACCAUUACUACCUUUUCAAAAAACAUCUUCAACCGUAGAUGAACCAGCAAAAAAAUUAGCUAGUUUUCUUGAAGAUGAGAAACGUGCAUUAAAAGAACCAACAACAAUACCACCAAAAUUUCCAACAAAAACGAUAACACAAGGUUUUCGAUUAGACGAACGAACAAUAUCAAAUCAACGUCCAGCUACACCUGGAAUAUCAAAAACUUUUUCAUUUACAGAUGAUCAAGACGUUAAAUCACCUUUUAAGACUUUAUUUGAUACGAAAACUGAUUAUACUGAUGAUUUUUUUAAAGAUACAUCAAAAGAUUCAAUUUUCAAUAAAGAUCAACCGAUUUCAACAGCAAUAAGACCAAAUUCUUCAACAGUAAAUCUUGGAAUGAAAAAACUUGAAUUUGAAAAUAAUGAACUUAAGAUGACUGUUGAACAUAUGAAACGACAACAUGAACUUGAAAUGACAAUGCUUGAAGACGGUUACAAACAUCGACUUGAAUAUGUCGAAACAUCAUGUGAAAGAAGGGAAGCGAGAUUAAAAGAAGAAAAUGGACAUUUACUUCGUCAAUUAAAUGAUCGUACACAACAAUAUGAAAAUGAAAAAUCUACUUUAUUACUUGAUCAUCAACGCCGUUUAGAUGAUUUACAACGAGAUCGUACAACAGAACUUGAAAAUUUACGAACAUUACAACGACAAACUCUUGAUCAUUUACGACGAGAACAUGAACAAACAAUUCAACGUUUAAAACAACUUAAACAAGAAGAAAUAUCAACAGCACUUGAUGUUACAACACAUACAAGAGCAUUUCAAUCUGUUGUUGAUCAUAUGGAACAAAAUGCUAAACAUAUUGAUGACCUUAGACUUAAAGUCGAAGCUAAACAUAGUUCGGUUUUAACCGAUAAAGAAAUUGAAACACGAGCUAAAGAACAACAACUUAAAGCUUAUGAAGAACGUUUACAAAAGCAAGCACUUGAUUUUGAACGUGAACGUAAAAAUUUACAAGAACUUAUUUCACGAUUAGAAGUUCAUCUAUCUGAACAAACAAAACUUGUUGAAGAAGAACGAUGGAAAACUUUACAAGCUCAAAAACGUAUGGAAGCUAUGCAAGAUGCAUUAAAUGGUGAACAACGUAUAUUUAUGGAGAAAUUAACACGUGAUCGUUCAGAAAUUCAACGUGCUAAAGAUCAAUUACUUGAAGAUCAAAAAUCAGCAUUAGCUAAUAUAUAUGAAAGUCGUUCACAAUUAGCUGAUGAACGAGCUAAAUCAGAAGCAUUACAAAAAUCUUUUCAAGAACAAAAACAUCGAGAUAUGUUACAAAAUGCUGCAAUUGAAGCAGAAAAUCGUGCACAACAAAAAUUAAUUUCAGAACAAUCAGCACGUCUUGAAAAACGUGAACAAGAAUUAAAUAAACGUGAAGAAGGAUUUUUAUUAGAAAAACGUGCAUUAACUGAAUUAAAACAACAGACUGAUUUGGAACAAUCAAAUAUAAAAAAUCAAUAUGAAGAUAUAAAACAAAAAUUAAUUGAAAUUGAACAUGCUAAUGAAGUAAUUAAAAAAGAAAAAGAACGUUUAUCACAACUUUAUUUUGAAUUACAUGCACUUGAUGGAAAAAAUACUGGACGACUUCAACAAUUACAAAAAUCUAUUCAUAAUUUACGACAACAAGAAGAACAUAUUAAUGAAAAAUAUUCUCGUAUGUCUAAUGAACGUGAAAAUCUAAAACAUCUUCGUUCAAGUGUUCCAUUCAAAAAACAAACUCCAACUGUUGAUUCAGGUUUUUCAACUUUACAAUUAGCUACAGUUACACCGCUUUUACCAAUAAAUUCUUCUCAAAAAUCAAUUGAUGAAAGUGCUAUUUUACGAUCAUUACGUAUGAACGAUCUGCAAGAUCAAUUAUAUAUUGAAGAUGAAAUGUCAUUUCUUAACAAUUUACGUACUGGUAAUCAUCUAUCAACACGUAGCACAAGUCUUUCUAAUCUUAAUCGUCAUCCGGAAAUGAAUUUACUUAGGACAAAUCAAUAGCGAAAUCUCUUCGAAUAUUUAUUUCUUAAAUUUAAUACGUUUUAUGAAAAUCAAUUUUCAAUUAUUGGUAGACAUAUUGGUAGUAAACCUUAUAUGUUUAUACCCAUUCCAUUUAUCAUAACUGGUUUUUGUUUAUUUGGUCUUUUACGUAUGAAUAUAAACAAGAAUGCUGAUGAUUUAUUUAUACCAAUGAAUAGUAAAAGUAUACGUGAUCGAGAUAUUAUAGCUAAACUAUUACCAAUGAAUUAUGAUGAAUAUUAUCUUCAUCAAGAUUAUGAUUUUGGUAUCUAUGGUGAUGUUAUAUUUAUAACAAAUGAUUAUGGAAAUAUAGGACGUACAGUUGUACGAAACGAACUUAAACGUAUUUAUAAUCUUAUACAAAAUAUAAAUGUUACAUAUAAUAAUCAAACAUAUUUUUAUAAAGAUCUUUGUGCUAAACGUAAUAAUCAAUGUGUAACUGAAGGUGAUAUUUUUUUUCGCAAUACAUUUUGGAAACGUUUAAAUGAAAAACAAUUCUAUAAAUAUAUGGUAAAUGAUCUUUAUACAGAUGAUGAUGGCGUACCAAAUUUAUUAACAUUUAUAUUUGGAAAACGUUUAAUGCUUGAUUUAGAUCAAGGUACAUUAUAUGGUAAAGUACUUAAAUUACGUUUUAAUUUACGACGUACAAUAUUAAGAAAAGAUGAAUAUGAAAAUAUUGAAAUAAUAAGUCGAAUGUGGGAACAAGCUUUUUUACAAUUUUUUCAACAUUUUGAAUCAGUUAUGCUUCGUACUUUUUAUUCAGUAUCAACAUCAAUUGAUCAAGAACUUGAAAAUAAUAUUAAUUCAGAUACGAACUUAGUCGGUAUAACAUUCGUUGUAAUGAUUAUUGUUGCUACUAUUUGUUUAUCAAUACAUGGUCCAUUAGCACAAUCACCAGCAUAUUUAUCUGCUAUUGGUGUUUUAGCAACAAUGUUAGGAUUAGUUUCUGGUUUUGGAUUUUGUUCACUUAUUGGUAUACCUAUGUGUUCAUUAAUAUUUGCUACACCAUUUCUUAUUAUUGGUGUUGGUACUGAUGAUAUGUUUCUAAUUUAUUCGGCUUAUCAUAGAACAAAAACAUCUGAAACAACUUCUCAAAGAUUAGCAGAUACAUUUCGUAUUUGUGGAUCUGGUAUAACAAUAACAUCUUUAACAAAUUUUCUUGCGUUUCUAGUUGGAGCAACUACGGAUUUCUAUGGUAUACGUCUAUUUUGUAUUUAUACAAGUGCUGCAAUAGCUUUUUGUUAUUUCUACCAAAUAAUGUUAUUUGGUAGUGCAGUUGCACUCUAUAAUGAAUGUAUUAAUAACAAUCUACAUACACUCAUUCCAUGUAUUGUUGAUCGUACACAAACAACAAAUAAUCAAAGACAUCGACAUCAUCGACGACAACAAUGUUUACCAUGGAAAGAAAUGUUUGUCUAUAUUACUAAACCAUUAUUUACAACAUGUGGUCAAAUAAUUGUUUGUUUAAUUUUUUUAAUUUAUACAAUAUUUGCUAUUUAUGGAACAUUACAAAUGAGAGAUGGUAUGAAAUUGGGACAAUUAUUAAAUGAUAAAUCAUAUGCACAACAUUAUUUUAAUACAUUAGAUAAAGAAUUUGAACCUUAUCCAUUAGUUCAUUUUAUUAUAACAGAACCAAUACCAUACUGGAGAAAUGAUUAUAUGAAACGAAUUCAAAAUUUAGUUAAAACUGCUAAACAAUUAGAAGGAAUGAAUCCUCAAUUUGAAAUCUCUUGGUUCUCAUUAUUGGGCUAUGAUUCACAAGAUUAUCCAUUUGAUAAUGGUACAAAAUUGAUAGAAAUAAUUCAUGGUUUUGUUAAUUUAUUUCCAACAUUUUAUAAUGAUUUAUUAUUUAAUGAUACUCAUUUAAUAGCUAGUCGAUUUUAUUUAAAAAUGGGACGUGUACUUUAUAAUUCAUCUGAUGGUUAUUUAGUCAAUCAAUUACGUUUAGUUGCUGAACAAUCAAAACUACCAAUCAAAGUUUAUAGUAAUCUAUUCAAAUAUUAUGAACAAAUGUAUGAAGUCAUUCCGAAUAUAAUUCAAACAUUUCUCAUUGCUAUAGAAGCUAUGUAUUUGGCAACAUUAAUAAUUAUUCCUGAUCUUAAAUCUGUAAUUAUUAUUAUUUCAACAAUGUGUAUGAUACUUCUUAGUUUUAUUGCUACAUUACAUGUAUGGGGUAUUCAAAUAUCAUCAAUUAUGAUGGUUGAACUUGUUAUGUCAAUUGGUUUUUGUUCAGAUUUUUGUGUACAUAUUGUACAUGCUUUUUUAACAUCAACUGGUACAAGAAAAGAACGUGCACAACAAGCAUUAAUUAAUAUGGGAAUGCCAAUAUUAUGUGCAAGUUUAUCAUCAAUAAUUGGUGUUCUAUUUUUAGGUUUUGCUCAUUCAUAUUUAUUUCGAACAUUUUUUAAAGCAAUGAUUUCUAUAAUGACAAUAGGAGCUAUACAUGCAUUGAUUUUUUUACCCGUUAUUUUAUCAUUAAUUGGUUCUCAUUGGCCAUCACAUAUGAAAAAUAAUAUACAACAAAAUGAUUCUAUUCGAAUGACAACACCUAUAAAUAGAGAUUCUCAAAUAAAUGGAUAUAUUAUAGAAGAAGAUAUUACAAAAAAACAAGAACAAUUACGAGGAAAACCAAAUACAAUUGAAGAAGAAGAAAAUGAUCAAUUAAUAUCAACAACGCAAAAGAUUUGA